AUGAAACAUAUUUAUCAAUCAGAAAUAAAAGGUCAAAAAAAUAGUUAUUUAACAUCAGAUAUUAAUUAUCAAAUUUUGGAUAAAAGAUUUAUGGGAGAUGGGGAAUCUAAUAAAUGUAAUUUUAAAAAUAGUACAUUAAACGAUGAUUUAUAUUUUUUCUCAUUUUGCGCGAGUCUUAUAGGAAAUUUAAAAAAUUUAAACAACAUGACAUUCUUAAUGCUUUUUGAUAACAGUCGUUGUGUGUAUUUAGAUUUAUGGAUAUAUGAUCGAUUAAACAAUGGAGAUAUAAAGUAUUCAAAGGAUUCACCAGAAUAUCAACUUAUUAAAGAGAAAGUACAGGAACUUAUAAAACAUUAUUCCACUAUUAAAACAUGUGAAUUUAACUUUGAUACAAUGAAUAAUAUACAAUUUCAAAAAACCAAAAUGUUAUGUGACUAUCCAUUAAUUCAUAAUCAGAUUCAGUUUUAUCUUAAAAAGCACAUAGAGAAAUAUACCCCAGAAGAUGAUAAAUACAUAAAGGAUAUUCUUCAGUUAUAUAAUGAAGUAAAAGCGGAAUGUGAAACAAGAGACCAAAAAUACUGUAAUAUGUUAAAUAAUAUUGAAAAAAAAUAUUCCUUUGAUUUGUUAAAACAAUUAGAAGAAAUUAAAUUAGAUAAUCCUAAAACGCAUUCUAAUUUAGAAGGUAGAGAGUUAAGACCUCAAGCAAUGCCAGGGGAAGAUAAAUCAAUGGGUGAUGCUGCCACAACUGAUACAAUACAAGGCCCAAGGGUGUGGAAAGCUAUGUUAACUGUUUAUGUAUUUGUUGGAAUUUCAAUGAUAUUUUUUCUUAUUUAUAAAUUUAGUCCAUAUAUACCCUGGCUACGCGAUAGUCCCCUAAUAAUAAAAUUUAUUCGAAUUAUUAAAAAUAAAGCAAGAAAGUUAAAAUUAAUGAAAGAGGAACAUAAAACUGAGAACACAAGAUUUCUUAUGCAUGAAUAUCUGAUUGGAUAUGAUUCUAUGUGA